AUGGUUGGUACCACCUCCUUCCCCCCGUUUCCGGCCGCGCGGCGAGUCCUCCUCCUCCUCAACUUGCUGACUCUGGGGCUGUGGUCGAAGUUUGGGCGUCUGACUCACUACGCAUUCGAUGCGGUUCUCAUUUCCGCCUUCCUCGCUGGCAUGAAGCGCUCGACAGGCCUUACAGCCGCGGGCGAGAACAAGGACAUGUCGAAGUGGAUUGACAAGUAUCUCGGUGUCGGCGAGUGGGUGAUGGACCAGUCGGUUGCGAUCGCCGGCUCCAGCGGAUGGUUUGAGCGUACGCGGUAG